AUGAAGAAAGAUUUCUCCUGCUGCUGUCCAUCCCUGAUCCCCAGCAGGGAAACUGCUUGUUUCUAUCUGCUCUUUGUGCUUAUUGCUCUGUACAUGCUUGCUGGUGCUGCCAUUUUUUCUUCUUUGGAGAGACCAGCAGAGCUUCAGGCCCACCAGCUCUGGGAAACAAGGCUAAAGGACUUCAGUCAGGAACAUAACGUCAGCUGUGAAGACCUGAAGUCUCUGUUACGGCACUACGAGGAGGCGAGGACCGCAGGUAUCCGGACAGAGCGAGGCAGAGCCCUGUGGGACAUUCCAGGUGCUUUCUAUUUUGUAGGAACCGUUGUCUCCACUAUUGGAUUUGGAGUAACAGCCCCAUCCACUGUGACUGGAAAGAUCUUGCUAGUUUUCUACGGGUUGUUGGGGUGCUCUGCUGCCAUACUCUUUUUUAAUCUCUUUCUGGAGAGAGUCAUAAAACUGCUGAGCCUCCUGAUCUUCUGGUGCCAGAGAUGGAGAAAAGGACCUGGCCGUCUGGACAGCAGAAGCAGUGACACGAUCAGUAAUGAAGAAGGGAACCCAUCCGUUUACCAAGUCACACUCAUUCUUUUUGUUGCUGUCCUGCUCGUUGCAUGUGGAGCUGCCUCCCUUUAUUCUGUCAUGGAGGGCUGGACUUACUUGGAGUCCCUCUACUUCUGCUUUGUGGCCUUCAGCACAGUGGGUUUUGGUGACUUUGUUAGUGGCCAGAGAGAGCACCAUGCAGACUCUCAAGGGUACCAGGUUGCAAACUGUCUCAUGAUGCUCUUGGGAGUGUGCUGCACUUACUCCCUCUUUAAUGCAAUCUCUGUGAUCAUCAAGCAGGGACUGAACUGGAUGCUGAGGACACUGGCCUGGAUGUAUAGUGCAUAG